CUGAGCUCCCGUUCAGGUCGGCGGCCAUGAGCUCCGGGGAAGGAGCGGAGGAGACGUCAAAGGACGCCGCCGACAUAGCGGCGUUCUUCAAGACCGAUGGUUCCCUCCCUAAAGAGCCAAAAGGAGAUGUAUCAAGUCAGAUAGCAGGUUUCAGGAGAAAUGAGGAGAUGAGAGCGAUGGAGGUGCUUCCCAUACUCAAAGAAAAAGUUGCAUUUCUGUCAGGGGGAAGAGACAAGCGUGGCGGCCCCGUUUUAACCUUCCCAUCACGAAGCAACCACGACAGAAUACGACAGGAGGACCUGAGAAAGCUCAUAGCCUACCUCGCCGGCAUCCCCAGUGAGGAGGUGUGUAAACAUGGCUUCACAGUCAUUGUGGAUAUGCGCGGCUCCAAGUGGGACAGCAUCAAGCCUCUGCUGAAGAUCCUGCAGGAGUCCUUCCCCAGCUGCAUCCACAUCGCCCUCAUCAUCAAGCCUGACAACUUCUGGCAGAAACAGAGGACCAACUUUGGCAGCUCCAAGUUUGAAUUUGAGACAACCAUGGUGUCAUUAGAGGGUCUUUCCAAGGUGGUGGACCCCUCCCAGCUGACGGCAGACUUCGAGGGCAGCCUGGACUACAACCAUGAAGAGUGGAUAGAGGUGCGAGUCGCUUUCGAGGAGUUCUCGGGCCAUGCCAGCCAAAUGCUGGCCCGCCUGGAGGAGAUGCAGGAGACGGUGGCAAAGAAAGAUUUCCCCCAGGACCUGGAAGGAGCCAGGAGAAUGAUAGAGGAACACGCCACGCUGAAGAAGAAAGUCAUUAAAGCCCCUAUAGAGGAGCUCGACACCGAGGGUCAGAGGCUGCUUCAGCGUAUCCAGAGCAGCGAGUCUAACUCCAACCGCAAUGGAGGAGGCGGCGGCGGCGGCGGCAGGGUGUGCAACGCCGACACCCAGGGCCUGGUUCCCAGAAUCACCCAGCUGCUGGACAAGCUUCACUCCACCAGGCAGCACCUGCACCAGGCCUGGCACGUCAGGAAGCUUCAGCUGGACCAGUGCUUCCAGCUACGCCUCUUUGAGCAGGAUGCUGAGAAGAUGUUUGACUGGAUCAUGCACAACAAGGGUCUCUUCCUGGCAAGCUACACAGAGAUUGGCAACAACCACCCCCACGCCAUGGAGCUGCAAACCCAACACAACCACUUUGCAAUGAACUGCAUGAACGUGUACGUGAACAUUAACCGGAUCAUGUCGGUUGGGAACCGCCUGCUAGAGUCGGGUCACUACGCCUCCCAGCAGAUCAAGCAGAUCUCAGGUCAGCUGGAGCAGGAGUGGAAGGCAUUCGCCGCAGCGCUGGACGAGCGCAGUACGCUGCUGGAGAUGUCCGCCAGCUUCCAUCAGAAGUGUGACCAGUAUAUGAGUAACGUUGACUCAUGGUGCAAAGCGUGCGGUGAGGUGGAUUUGCCCUCCGAGCUUCAAGACCUGGAAGAUGCCAUACACCACCACCAAGGCCUAUAUGAACACAUAACCGCCGCAUACUCUGAGGUGAGCCAGGAUGGCAAAGCCCUGUUAGAUAAGCUGCAGCGACCUUUGACCCCAGGCAGCGCGGAUUCACUGACAGCAUCCGCUAACUACUCCAAGGCGGUGCACCAUGUCCUGGACAUCAUCCAUGAGGUGCUGCAUCACCAGAGACAGCUGGAGAACAUCUGGCAGCACCGCAAGGUCCGCCUGCACCAGCGCCUGCAGCUGUGUGUCUUCCAGCAGGAUGUCCAGCAGGUGCUGGACUGGAUAGAAAACCACGGUGAGGCCUUCCUCAGCAAACACACUGGAGUCGGAAAGUCGCUGCACCGAGCACGCGCGCUUCAGAAACGCCACGAAGACUUUGAGGAAGUGGCGCAGAACACGUACACCAAUGCAGACAAGCUGCUGGAGGCGGCGGAGCAACUGGCCCAGACGGGGGAGUGUGACCCGGAGGAGAUCUACCAGGCCGCCCACCAGCUGGAGGACCGCAUUCAGGACUUUGUGCGGCGUGUAGAACAGCGUAAGGUGCUCCUGGACAUGUCUGUCGCCUUCCACACAAACGUCAAAGAGCUGUGGACGUGGUUGGAGGAGCUGCAGAAGGAGCUGCUGGAUGAUGUGUAUGCUGAGUCAGUGGAGGCUGUCCAGGACUUGAUCAAACGCUUCGGCCAGCAACAGCAGACUACGCUGCAGUUCACCGUCAACGUCAUCAAGGAGGGAGAAGACCUCAUCCAGCAGCUCAGGGACUCGGCCAUCUCCAGCAACAAGACGCCGCACAACAGUUCCAUCAACCACAUCGAGAGCGUCCUGCAGCAGCUGGAUGAGGCCCAGGCCCAGAUGGAGGAGCUCUUCCAGGAGAGGAAGAUCAAACUGGAGCUAUUUCUCCAGCUUCGCAUCUUUGAGAGGGACGCCAUCGACAUUAUCUCGGACCUGGAGUCAUGGAACGAGGAGCUGACGGGCCAGAUGAAUGAGUUUGACACGGAGGACUUGACGCUGGCCGAGCAGAGGCUCCAGCACCACGCCGACAAGGCGCUCACCAUGAACAACCUCACCUUCGAUGUCAUCCAUCAGGGCCAGGAGCUGCUACAGUAUGUCAAUGAAGUGCAGGCCUCUGGUGUGGAGCUGCUGUGCGACAGGGACGUGGACAUGGCCACGCGAGUUCAAGACCUGCUGGAAUUCCUUCACGAGAAGCAGCAGGAGCUGGACCUGGCGGCUGAGCAGCAUCGCAGGCACCUGGAGCAGUGCGUCCAGCUAAGGCACCUGCAGGCUGAGGUCAAACAGGUCCUGGGAUGGAUCCGUAAUGGGGAGUCGAUGCUGAACGCUGGUCUGAUCACAGCCAGCUCCCUCCAGGAAGCCGAACAGCUCCAGAGAGAGCAUGAGCAGUUCCAGCAUGCCAUUGAGAAGACACACCAGAGUGCGCUGCAGGUACAGCAGAAGGCGGAGGCCCUGCUCCAAGCUAACCAUUACGACAUGGACCUGAUCAGGGACUGCGCCGAAAGUGUGGCCUCCCACUGGCAGCAGCUCAUGCUAAAGAUGGAGGACCGCCUCAAGCUGGUCAAUGCCUCUGUGGCCUUCUACAAGACCUCCGAGCAGGUGUGCAGUGUUCUGGAGAGUCUGGAGCAGGAGUACAAGAGAGAGGAGGACUGGUGCGGAGGAGCUGACAAACUGGGGCCCAACUGUGAGACCGACCACGUCACCCCCAUGAUCAGCAAGCAUCUGGAGCAGAAGGAGGCCUUCCUGAAGGCUUGUACUCUGGCCAGGAGGAAUGCAGACGUCUUCCUCAAGUACAUGCACAGGAACAGCGUCAACAUGCCAGGGAUGUUGAGCCACGUCAAAGCGCCGGAACAGCAGGUCAAGAAUAUUCUGAAUGAGUUGCUGCAGAGAGAGAACCGUGUUCUCCACUUCUGGACCAUGAGGAAACGUCGCCUGGACCAGUGUCAGCAGUAUGUGGUGUUCGAACGCAGCGCCAAACAGGCUCUGGAGUGGAUCCACGACACUGGGGAGUUCUACCUGUCCACACACACCUCCACCGGCUCCAGCAUCCACCACACCCAGGAGCUGCUCAAGGAGCAUGAAGACUUCCACAUCACAGCCAAGCAAACCAAAGAGCGUGUGAAGCUGCUGAUCCAGUUGGCUGAUGGCUUCUGUGAUAAGGGCCACAGUCACGCUGUGGAGAUCAAGAAAUGGGUGACGGCUGUGGACAAGCGCUACCGCGAUUUCUCCCUGCGCAUGGACAAGUAUCGAUCCAGCCUGGAGAAGGCCCUUGGCAUCUCCUCUGACUCCAACAAGGCGAGUAAGGAUCUCCAGUUGGACAUCAUCCCAGCCACUGCUCCAGGGUCAGAGGUCAAGCUCAGGGAUGCCGCCCACGAGCUGAACGAGGAGAAGCGCAAGUCGGCCCGCAGGAAGGAGUUCAUUAUGGCCGAGCUGAUUCAGACAGAGAAAGCCUACGUGCGAGACCUGCGGGAGUGCAUGGAUACUUACCUGUGGGAGAUGACCAGUGGAGUGGAGGAGAUUCCGCCAGGGAUCAUCAACAAAGAACAUAUCAUCUUCGGAAACAUGCAGGACCUCUACGAGUUCCACCAUAACAUCUUCCUCAAAGAGCUGGAGAAAUAUGAGCAGCUCCCUGAGGAUGUGGGCCAUUGCUUCGUCACCUGGGCUGACAAGUUCCAGAUGUACGUGAACUACUGUAAGAACAAACCCGACUCCACCCAGCUCAUCCUGGAGCACGCUGGACCCUACUUUGACGAGAUCCAACAGAGGCAUCGACUGGCCAACUCCAUUUCCUCCUACCUUAUCAAGCCUGUACAGAGAAUCACCAAGUAUCAGCUCCUAUUAAAGGAGCUUUUGACAUGCUGCGAAGAGGGUAAAGGAGAAAUCAAGGACGGUCUGGAGGUGAUGCUCAGUGUUCCCAAGAGAGCCAAUGAUGCCAUGCACCUCUCAAUGCUGGAGGGUUUUGAUGAAAACAUCGAGUCCCAGGGAGAGCUGAUUCUCCAGGAGUCCUUCCAGGUCUGGGAUCCGAAGACUCUGAUCCGCAAGGGCAGAGAGCGCCACCUCUUCCUCUUCGAGAUGUCCCUGGUCUUCAGCAAAGAGGUCAAGGACUCAAACGGCAGGAGCAAGUAUAUCUACAAGAGCAAAUUGUUUACGUCAGAGCUGGGGGUGACGGAGCAUGUUGAGGGAGACCCCUGUAAGUUUGCUCUUUGGGUGGGACGCACGCCAACCUCGGACAACAAGAUUGUGCUCAAGGCGUCGAGCAUCGAGAACAAACAGGACUGGAUCAAACACAUCAGGGAGGUGAUCCAAGAGCGCACCAUUCACCUAAGAGGAGCGCUCAAGGAGCCCAUUCACAUCCCCAAGGCUACCACAGCCAAGCACCACAAGGGCCGCAGGGAUGGGGAGGACCUGGACAGUCAAGGUGAAGGCAGCAGCCAGCCAGACACCAUCUCUUUGGCCUCUCGUACCUCCCAGAAUACACUGGACAGCGACAAGCUCUCGGGUGGCUGUGAGCUAACAGUGGUGAUCCACGACUUCAUGGCGGGCAACAGCAAUGAGCUGACGGUGCGCCGCGGCCAGACGGUCGAGGUGCUGGAGCGUUGCCACGACAAGCCUGACUGGUGCCUGGUCAGGACCACCGACCGCUCCCCAGCCCACGAGGGCCUGGUGCCCUGCUCCAUGCUCUGCAUCGCCCACUCCAGGUCCUCCAUGGAGAUGGAGGGCAUCUUCAACCACAGAGACACCCUGUCAGUCUGCAGUAAUGAUUCCAUCAUGCCAGGGUCAUCUGCCACCCUCCAGCCAGGACAUGGCAUGGGUUCCCACACCUCUCCUGGGCCCAAGAGGCCAGGCAACACCUUGCGCAAGUGGCUCACCAGUCCCGUGCGCCGGCUCAGCAGCGGCAAGGCAGAUGGCCACGUGAAGAAGCUGGCCCACAAACACAAGAAGAGCCGCGAGGUGAGGAAGAGCGGGGAGGUGAUGGCGGGCUCCCAGAAAGACUCAGAUGACAGCGCCGCCACGCCUCAGGAUGAGACCGUGGAGGAGAGGGUGCGGAACGAGGGCCUUUCCAGCGGGACGCUGUCGAAGUCCAGCUCGUCGGGGAUGCAGAGUUGCGGGGAGGAGGAGGGCGAGGAGGGCCCCGACUCGGUGCCCCUGCCUCCACCCAUGGCCAUCCAGCAGCACAGCCUGCUCCAGCCCGACUCCCAGGAUGACAAGACAUCCUCUCGUCUGUCAGUCCGUCCGUCCAGCUCGGAGACCCCCAGCGCGGCGGAGUUGGUGAGCGCCAUCGAGGAACUGGUCAAGAGCAAGAUGGCUCUGGAGGACAGGCCCAGCUCACUGUCGGUAGAACCGGGGGACAGCAGCUCCACCUCCUUCAACCCUUCUGACAACUCCCUCCUCUCCUCCGCCUCUCCCAUCGACGAAAUGGACGAACGCAAGACCAGCACCCUUAAGAAACGACAUUACAUACUGCUGGAGUUAGUGGCUUCUGAAAAAGACUACAUCAAGGACCUCAGCCUGGUGGUGGAGGGCUAUAUGAGCCGAAUGAAGGAAGAGGGUGUCCCCGAUGAUAUGAAGGGCAAAGACAAGAUUGUUUUCGGCAAUAUCCACCAAAUCUACGACUGGCACAAAGAUUUCUUCCUGGGCGAGUUACAGAAGUGUUUAGAGGAGCCUGACCGACUCGGGCCGCUCUUCGUCAAACAGGAACGAAGGUUAAACAUGUACGUAGUUUACUGCCAGAACAAGCCCAAGUCGGAGCACAUCGUCUCAGAGUACAUCGACACCUACUUUGAGGACCUGAAGCAGCGUCUGGGCCAGAGGCCGCAAAUCACGGACCUGCUUAUUAAGCCGGUCCAGAGGAUCAUGAAGUACCAACUGCUACUUAAGGAUUUCCUCAAGUACUCAAAAAAGGCGGGUCUGGAGUCUGAGGAUUUGGAGAAAGCGGUGGAGGUCAUGUGCAUAGUCCCGAAGAGGUGCAAUGACAUGAUGAAUGUCGGCCGUCUUCAAGGAUUCGAUGGGAAGAUUGUAGCCCAGGGCCGACUGCUGCUCCAGGACACAUUCAUGGUGAGCAACCCGGAGGCGGGAGUCUUGCCAAGCCAGAUGAGGGUCUUCCUUUUUGAACAGCUGGUCAUCUUCAGCGAGUCCCUGGACAAGAAGAGGGGCUUCUCCAUGCCCAGCUUCCUGUACAAGAACAGCAUCAAGGUGAGCUCUUUGGGCUUGGAGGAGAACAUGGAAGGCGACCCCUGUACAUUCAUGCUGACGUCCCGCUCUACCAGCAGCAGCAGCGAGUCCUUCAUCCUCCACUCCUCCCACCCUGGAGUCUGUCAGGUGUGGAUGUUGCAGAUCAGCCAGAUACUGGAGAGCCAGCGCAACUUCCUCAACACUCUCACCUCCCCCAUAGAGUACCAGAGGAACCACGUAGGGGCAGGCGGCGGGCCGUGCAUGCCCAGCGUGGGAGCUCCGUCCGGAGGCAGCAGCGGGUCCAGUGUGACCCCGUCCAGUGUCAGCAGUGGUUUUCAAAGCGGUUCCAUCCCUGCAGCCUCCCAGGGGGGCUCACGUCGGCCUUCCAGGAUCCCUCAGCCCUCUCGCCUGCCCCAGCCCCUACGCCACCACCCAGGGGCCGACUCAGACGGCCCCAACAAGAUAUCAGGUCCGUCGCCCCGUCCAGUUCCUCUUCCCUCGCUCCCUGCAGGGGGUAGUCCCAAGGGGAAGCGCCCCCUCCAGGUCCCCGGCGACCAAUCGCAGACCCCCACACCUGCAAACACUGUAACCCCCAUCCCCCGUGCCACGGUGGGACCCUUGCCCUCUACACCCACCUCCAAACCUCGACCGGGCACCAUCUCACCAAUGGCCUCGCCUCUGGCCACCCCUGCCUUUGGCAAGGACAUCCUUCCCCCUCCCCCUCCCAGCCCUAGCCAUAAGUCUGGAUCUGGAUUCUGGAGCUCCAUGCCAGGUUCCCCAGCCAGCCGGCCUGGCUCCUUCACCUUCCCGGGGGAGGCGGGGGAGGCCCCGGCCCGUCAGGCCCAGAACCAGACCCAGACCGGCUCUGGAUCCGGGAGUCAGUCCCAAACCCACAGACACUCUACGCACAGCAAAGAGGCAGACCGAAUGAGCACUUGCUCAUCAGCCAGCGAGCAGUCCAUCCAGUCCACCCAGAGUAACGGGAGUGAAAGCAGCAGCAGCAGUAGCGUGUCCACCAUGUUGGUGACCCAGGACUACGUGGCGGUGAAGGAGGAUGAGAUCAGCGUUCUCCAGGGCGAGGUGGUCCAAAUCCUGGCCAGCAACCAGCAGAACAUGUUCCUGGUGUUCAGGGCAGCCACCGAGCAAGGCCCCGCGGCCGAGGGCUGGAUCCCCGGAUACGUGCUGGGACACACCUCAGCCAUCAUCCCCGACUGCCCCGAGGGAACCAUCAAUAGAAAGUCUUCAUCCUGGCACACGUCCCUGCGCAUCCGCAAGAAGUCUGAGAAGAAGGAGAAAGAGGGGAAGAAAGAGACCAAGCUGGUUGAAAAUGGUUACAGGAAGUCCAGAGAUAGCCUGGCCAAUAAGGUUUCCGUAAAGCUUUUAAAUCCCAACUACAUCUAUGAUGUCCCCCCAGAGUUCCUCGUGCCUCUGACUGAUGUGACAUGUGACAACGGAGAGAGCGUCACCCUUAGGUGUAAGGUGUGUGGGCGACCCCGAGCCACUGUCACCUGGAAGGGACCCAACCAGAGUAGCCUCACGAACAACGGACACUUCAGCAUUGCCUACAGUGAUACGGGUGAGGCGACCUUGCGUAUAAUCGGCGUCGCCUCUGAGGAUGACGGCGUUUACACGUGCGUUGCUGCUAAUGACCUGGGCAGCGUUACAUCGUCGGCUAGCCUCAGAGUAUUAGCUGUGUCCCGUGAUGGAGUCAGGGUGAGCUGGAAAGACAGCUUUGAGUCUCACUACACUGAAGUGGUAGAACUGGGCAGGGGUCGUUUCUCAGUGGUCAAGCGGUGCGACCACAGAAGCACCAAGCGCGUUGUGGCGGUCAAGCUGGUCAACAAGAAGCUGAUGAAGAGAGACCAGGUGACCUGCGAACUCAAUCUGCUCCAGAGGCUCCAACACCCCCACUUGGUCAGUCUGAUAGACACCUACGAGACCCCCAGUAGCUACGCCCUGGUUCUGGACUUGGUGGACCAAGGCCGUCUCCUGGACUACAUUGUGAGCUGGGGGAAUCUGACAGAGGAGAAAGUGGCCUGCUACCUCCGGGACAUUUUAGAAGCUUUACAGUACCUACACAACUGCAGAAUAGUACAUUUGGACAUUAAACCUGAGAACCUGCUGGUGGCCCACAACUCCAGCGGCCAGCCUUUGGUCAAACUAACAGACUUCGGUGAUGCCGUCCAGCUGAACAGCGCCCAUUAUGUGCACCUUCUCCUGGGCAGCCCCGAGUUCGCCUCCCCCGAGCUGGUUCUUGGAGAGCCGGUGUCCCUGACCUCUGACCUGUGGAGCCUGGGGGUGGUGACCUACGUGCUGCUGAGCGGAGCCUCCCCUUUCCUGGACGAGAGCACCGAGGAGACGUGCCUGAACAUCUGCCGGCUGGACUUCAGCUUUCCCAGGGACUAUUUCCAGGGCGUCAGCCAAGGGGCACGGGACUUUGUCUGCCUGCUGCUGAGGAGGGACCCCAGCAGGAGGCCCCCAGCUGGGCAUUGCCUCCAGGAGCCCUGGCUGCAAGCAGGCCUGGCAGAUGGCUGGAGCAGAGCAGAAGGCUGCCUGGAUACGGCUCGCCUCAUCUCCUUCAUAGACAGGAGGAAACACCAGACGGACAUGCGGCCCAUCGGCGGAGUGAGGACUUUUAUCCAAAGCCGCCUCCAGCCCCAGGUCUGAGCGCCUAAGGAAAGAAGGAUGGAUUGCACAACUCCAAACUAACCCCACUGCCCCCUACUGCCUUACGCCUUUUCAUGGAUCUGGCCAGACUGGACAGACAGAAGCAUUGUCGGGAGACCGAUUGGCUUUUACAAAGUCGAAGACACCAUGCUUGUCAUCAUGGGUGCAAAGACUCGUAGGGGCGAUAGGUUCCUCUGGAAUUGGGCAUGUUGAUGACCUAGGUGAAAAUUGGAGGGGAACGUAAUGAUUGCUGAUCUCAUCCUCUUUCGUAGAAUGUCGACUUAUUAAAGUCCUGUAGUCCUUUUAGCCAAUUAAAUGGAGACCUCUCAAGGUCCAGCGCCAAUCAGAGCCCUAGAGAACGGAGUUCUCAGCCAAUCAAACAAAGAUGGAUGUCCUUGCCUACUGCUGCUUGCUGGUUUCAACUCAAUCUGAUUUUAUAAUAAAAUGAAGAAAAAAAAGUAGAAAAAAAACAAAACUAUGAAGUAAUUUAUUUUCCAUUUUGUGAGUUCAAGCCGAUCAAACAAAAAAAAGAAAAAACAAAAAAAACAAAACCGGAAAGAGAAAGCCACAAGAUCGAGUCUUGACACCACUGCACAAAGUAGCAGAGCUUUCAGGAGAAAGCGAUGCAGACGAGCUGAGUGAUGACGGUGAGAGAGCGCGCUGUUGCCCUCAUUUCCUGUUGCGAGAGAGGGGGGGGGCGCUAUGUUAGCUCUUUCACAAUAACAAACUUUAGAGACUUUUAAGAAGCACCCCUUUCUUAUUGAAACAAUGGAAAGGAAGAUACUGUCCGUACAUUUUCAAGAACGUGUUUGAGAAAAUAAAUAAAAUGCCAAAAAAAAAAAAGAAAAGAAAAAGGACGAUAGAGAAUUUUCCUUCAUUGAAAGUUGCCGUGCUACUUGGGACUCUUGUAGACAUCCUGGCCCCCUGAGACCAGUUCUCCGGGGCCUCGGGUCAAGCCUCUCAAACUCCCGGGACAUUUCUACACCUGACCCGGAGCUUUUUUUUUUUUUGUUUUCCAACCGCUGCGCUUAAACAGUAUGUACCGAAAUCUACGAUACCAUGAAUACCACAUCGCGAGUAACUAUGCUGCACUGUCCGGUCUCCGAAACAGAAACGAUAGACUUUAAAAAAAAAAAAAAAAAAAGGAUUCAUCGUUUGCUUUUUCCUUAGAACAAAGUUGUGUUGCGCAGAUAUGAGAUGUUUUACGCCUUACUUUGUACAUAGACUCCAAACUGCCUUCUUUUCCCCCCUCGCGCUCAAAAUGGAGACCUUGCCCGUUGGGGGCGGGGCUCUGGGAGAUCUAGAUUGCCAUUGGGCGGCAGAAGCUCGAGUGGCAGCAAGGGAUCAACCAGACGAUCGGAUGGGGGGGGAGAGGGGGGGUCAAAGAUUUUAAAAGAUUUCUUUUAAAUGCACUCAUUGUAUGUUACGUUUCUGAUUCUUAUCAUGUGCAAUGUUGCGGCUUUAACAUUUUAUGCAACUAUUUAUGAAGACAUCUGUUGUAUCUGUAAUAAAUCUAGAGAAAAGCAUGUACUUGGUACUGCGAGCACUG